CUGCUGCCUGGUGCCGUUGACGACGACCCCAGCAACAUGGCCGUUUGUCCAAUCACCAGCGCGGGCGCGGUUUUCUUCCCGCCGUCUUUCGAAGCUUGGCUGGCAACUGCGGCCCUCCCUCGAGAAGGGGCUCCGUAAAGCCCCCACCCUCACUCCGCCGAGUUAUUUCUCUAGGUUGCCUGUCUCCUGAAGGGCCUUCAGUGCUGAACCUGUGGACCAGAGAAACAAGCUCACUGGGGAGAGUGAAAGAUACUUUUCUUAUGAAAACUAAAGAUUGAAUGCUAUUGAUUACUAUCCAAAGAAACUGUCAUGAAUAUUGGAUCAACCAAGAGAAAGUGGGAAGAAAAACUGAAGAAUGUUGAGGAACUAACAUCUUUCUAUAAGCGGAGGCCUCUCUGCUCCAGUUACAAGCCCAAACUGUCCAAUCCAUUGCAACCACCUUCAGUUUGGAAGCUAUUCUAUCGGCAAACUCAUGCAUUUAAUUUUGCCAAGACUUGUAAAGAGGAUGUUCAUGUAUUUGCUUUGGAAAAGUGUGAUGGAAAUAAUCAGCGGCUCUAUCUUGUGACAACUUAUACAGAACUUUGGUUCUACUACCGUAGCAAACAUGAAACAAAACUGAAACACUGCUAUGAAAUCAUCCCAGAAACAGCUGUUUGCAAGCUUUACUUUGAUUUGGAAUUCUACAAACCAACAAAUCAGGGAGCCAACGCAAAUCAGAUGGUAGAAGAUCUAAUUAAGUUUAUAGGUAGAAAACUAGAUGAAUACUAUGAAAUAAAAUGCUCUGCUGAGAAUAUUUUGAAAUUGGAUUCCAGCACUGAAGAAAAAUAUAGCUGCCAUUUAAUAUUUCUCCUUGAAAAUGCUGCAUUUAAGAAUAAUAUCCACAUAGGUAACUUUUUAAGAACAAUUUUGCAACCUGCUAUUCUUUUAACUAAGAAUAAAGAUGCAAUGGACCGCCAAAACAUCAACUCUGUUGGUCGAUGUUAUAAAACUACCGUUGGUUUGCCUACAUGUUUUGAAAACAACAGUUUAAUCAAAGAUGCAUAUCAAAACUUGAAACUGAACUCUUACAAAAUAUCAGAAAAAGUAACUUCAGAAGAAAAUCCAGAUCUUUCUUUUUUAAUAGUGAAUGGUAAACAAGGAGAAAAGCAACUGUUUGUGGAUCUUGGAGUUUAUACAAAAAAUAGAAAUUUUCGAUUAUACAUGUCAUCAAAAGCAGGACACACUGUCAGUUUGAAUAUUGCAGAAGAUAACAAGUUUGUUCCUAAAUCUGUAAACAAUUCUUGCAUAGAUGAACAGUAUUUUUUGUCCUCCUUGAUCUGCAAUGUAAGAUUUUCAGACUGCUUAAAAAUUUUGACCUGUGACAACCAAGAACAUGCAAGAGAACCAUCCCUAUAUUUUGAAGACAAACUAUCAAGGAGCUGUCUGGCUCCAAUAGAAGGAUGCCAUUGUUCACCUUACCCAGAAAUUGAUGAUUUUGUUCGCACUUUAAUCAAGAAAGAUAAUGUUCAAGGAGGGAUAAGAAGAUGGAAUUACUUUUCACUUGAACAGCUUAUUGUAUAUGACAUCUUCAACUAUCGAUGGUGCAGAAAUAUUGGCAGAGCUCACAAAAGUAAUAAUAUAAUGAUUAUAAUAGAUUUGAAAAAUGAAAAUUGGUAUCAGAAAUGUCAUGAUCCUAUUUGCAGAGCUGAAAACUUCAAGUCAGAAUGUUUUCCACUACCAGUCGAAGUAUGCUUGCCCUUCCUUUUCAAAGAGGAUGAAGAAUAUGUUGGUACAAUAGGUGAAAAUAACACUGAAGAAAGAGCAAAUACAGUUGAUACUACAGGUUUAUUGGACAGCAUGCCUUUUACUUCGGUGCAAGAAAAUAGCAAGCUAAACAAGAAAAGUUCAAAUGUUGAAUGGGAUCAUGAGUUUGACGCCUGCCUUUUGGAAGCUUCUGAAGAUGUGGAACUAAUUGAAGCUACUGAUAUUUUUCAUACCCAGAGGAACUGUACUGUGGGUGAAAUACCUGAUGAGCUCCUAGCAGAUGUUUUAAGAAAUUAUGAAGUAAAAGAAAGAAAGGAAAGUUACAAAAAUCUUGUGGAUGAACUGAAGAAGAGGGCAAGAGGAGAAACCACUUCCAAAAGGGAUGCCAGGAAAACAGCAUGGACUUGUGCAGGCAGUUGCCACAAGUCAAGACUGUUUUAAUUUCCUCUGCUCUUGUAGUUAACAAACCAUAGUCCUGACAGUUAAGAUAUAUGGGUUUAUGAUUAAUGCUGUUUUUGUGAUGAAGGCUGAUAUUCUGCCCAUAUCCCAAUUGUGUUUGUGGGCCAUCUCUGACAUGUUCUUUCAUGCAUGCCUGAAAAGAAAGCUUUAUUAAAAUAUGCAAGACUA